AUGACUCGUGUGGCGUUGGCUCCCAUUAAGGACUCCCAGUUGAACCUGGCCCCCAACACCCCGCUCCGCAAACAACCGAAAGUGCUGGCGCUGCUGACACCGGUGGUGAAACCAGUGGUGAAACCGCUGCUGUUGUUUCGGACCAGUCCCCGCAAAUCGCCGACGAAACUCUCGGUGUUUCGCUCGCCCCACAGCCAGCGCGUCGAUAAGGCCGCCGGCCAGUUGCGCCGCCAGUUGCAGAUGGCGGUGCUGCGAGUGAAGGCGCUGGCCCCGCCGCUGGCGCUGUCAACGCCGGCGCCAUUAACGCGCCCUUCGUCGGCGCCGACAGUGUCGACCCUCGCGGCGUUGGCACGGGCGCUGCCGACGCGGCGCCAUUCGCGCCCUAAAGUGUCUUUAACUUCCAUCGCCCGCCGCCGUCUCCGCAUCUACCGGGUGAAGAAGACGCUGCUGUUCUACCAGCUGCUGCUGCUGCCUCUGCGCCUCCCGCUUACCGGCGCUAAGGUGAGUUUGCCCCGCAUCGCCUGCCACGACAUGGACCACCAGCGGUUCAUUUUACCCUACGCCGCCGCCGCAGCGCUGGCGGCGGGGGCGCAGCCGUUGCCGCUGAUCAAUAUCAUUUUGAAGACGCCGAUCCGCAACGCUCAAGGGAGGGCGCCGGCGCCGGGGGCGCUGAUGGCGCGGUCGCGCCUGGCGCUGCUGGGGGCGCUGGCAGUGGCGCCCCGCGACGCGUCGUCGCUGUCGGCGGCGCUGACCGAGGACACCACCAUCGACGACGACGACACCACCAUUGCCAACGUCACCGCCACCGGCGACGACCUGGCGGUGAAGCGCGCCGAGCGCCGGCGCCCCGUGCUCACGCUGCUGCCGCUUCAAAACCCGUUGGGUACGCCUAGUUCAUUUCUGGUGGCGAAACUGCUUUUACAAUUAGCGGGGAACAUGUGA